GGGGGGGGGAGCUAUCUUGUAAAAUGUUUUUUUCGUGCUGCGACACGUUCUUAUGACUGACCCUUCAAGCUCUCUUCUAAAGCUUGAAAACCAAAUUCUUAGCCAUGUAAAGUACUUUUCAGAAUGAUGAUUUCGAUCAUGUUUUGUAUAUGUUUAUACAUAUAAAUACAUAUCUGCAGGUGAGGCCCAUUCGAGUGAUUAUGGAUGGAAUGAAAAUGUUCUUAUUUCUGUUCGUUUUAAUCUGGAAGGCAAGAGAGGGCGUCUUCGCCAUGCAAGGUGACCACAUAAUCAGUAAUGGUGUUAUUCUGUAGCAAGCAGAGUGACCUUGCAGUGUUUAAACAGCAGCCGUCAAUUUUAUAGUACGCAUGUCUUCCUAAAAGAGACUAACUAAUUACAAAAACAUCUGUGGUAUUCGUCGUCGUCGUCUUCUUCUUCUUCUUCUUCUUNCUUCUUCUUCUUCUUCUUCUUCUCCUUCUUCUUCUUCUUCUUCCUCUUCCUCUUUGCGUGUAGCAUUUUUAUAGUUCAGUAUAUAAUGAGUAUUUGUCCACUUCCAGAAAAAUGCUACGCACUUUUAUUCUGCAUUUUUUAGAAUGUGGUUCAGUGGUAAACAACACAUUAACAAGUCCCGGAUAUCCAAACGACUAUCCGAAUAACGUUGACUGUCAUUACUCAGUUCCAAUACCACAAGGCAUGGCGAUGAAAAUUACCUUUGAUCACUUUGUGGUGCAGUUGGGUUUUAAAUGUGGGUAUGACUAUCUGAAAAUCAGCAAUGACGUGAACGAGACGUUUGGUACGUACUGCGGUGACAGGACUGGAAGGACAGUUACUGUAACUGGAAAUCAGGUUGUGAUGACAUUCCAUUCAGAUCAAAGUGUACAGAAGAGAGGGUUUGUUGUAACACUCACUUCAACUCCGAUUGCGGCACCAACAUUAACGUUGAGAGAUUCUGUUGUGUCAGCAAUACCAGGUAACAUACUAUGGUGUUUGGCGACUGGAACACCUCCUAUAUACAUAGCGCUGUUUAGGAACAAUAUAUUGAUGGUGAACAGGACAAGUCCUGUAGGCAUCUAUUUGUACGUGGAAUAUAACUACACAUGUGUGGCCACCAGCAAGUAUGGAACUGAUGUGAGAAAGUAUUCAAUCGUCUUUGUCGGUGAGGAUUAUUUUUCUGACUUACAUUAAUCAAGGUAUUUUUAUUUCUAUGUUAUCUUCAGUGCGGCGCGCUGGAGUCAUUGCAGCAAUCAAUUUUUGGAGCGAUUUUACAAUUCCGGGCCACUUAUUAACAUAUCUCUCAAUGCUUCUAAGAACGAGGCAUGUAGAAACAAAAGGAACCAUUCAAUUUCAAAGAGGUGCAAAUGAGUGAUCCGGUAUUCUACAAUCUAGCCGAAGAAAAAAGAACAAAAAACAAAAACAAAAAUAUCCAGGAAUGGCUAGGAAUACGAAUAAGUAAGAUGGGUGGACUAUGGACCGCAUAAACAAUUGAAUAAAUGAAUGAAAAAUAAAUAAGCCAUUUUUUUAACCGGAUGCAAUGACUAAAAGAAAUAACUGCUAUAAAGAUUCGACGGGUCAGAAACGGGCCGGUCAAAAAGUUACUUGAUUAUCAGCUUUAAGUUGUUGACGGUAAAUUAACUGCUCAGUAACGAAUUUUGAAGAGCUGACUGUUCUAUUGCUUUAACAGAAUGCGGUUCAGUGGUAAACAACAUUCUAAGAAGUCCAGGAUAUCCACACAACUACGCAGCCAAUAUGGAUUGUAAUUACACGGUUCCUAUUCCACAAGGCAUGGCAAUGGGGAUUAAUUUCCAAGAUUUUGACUUGCAAGACAGUUCAUCAUGCAGGUACGAAAAUACAUAAGUAUUAAUUUAUACAGCCUGUAACCGGAAAAUGUU